AUGCGUAUUGAUGGUGAACAACGUAUUAAGCUUAACCCGUUUAUGAUCCCUCGUCGUAAGGGGUCAUUGAGCACGACAACCUUAUCUCGCAGCAACAGUAAUAGAAGCAGCACGACCACACUUGAUCUUAACGACCCUACCACAUUUCGUCCACAGACUAUGGAAACGCAUGCAGCUGCACUAUGGCCAUACGCAGUAUUGGGUGGAUGGAUGACCAAGCAUAUGCCCCCUGCGUUUUCAUUCACAAAGACACGCCAUCGACGUUACGUGCUUUUACUCGAUCGCCACAUUUAUACUUUCAAGACCGACUCACCCAAAUCCGAUUUUCGUGAAUACUUUCAGUUGACAGCAAACACCGAUGUCUUUGCAACAGAUCAGUUUCCCGGGGUCUUGUAUUGUCUAGAAAUUGCACGUAAAGAAGAUGGUCGUACAUGGUAUUUACAAGCUGAUGAUGCCGAGGAUAUGAAAACGUGGAUGGAUCGAUUUCGUAAAGCGAUCAAAUGGUUACGAUUAGAGCAACCUGGUGUAUUUACAAUUUCACAACUAUUGGAAAUGGAUCGUCGUUCAUCUGAAAGCAGCAAUAACAUCUUUGAUACAACCAUUACAACAACAACAGCACCUUCUUCUUCGUCUUCGUCUUCCACAUGGCGACAACGACAGCCACUACCAAGGGACUUGCCACCCCAACGUCCACCCCCGACAAGACGUCCACCUCCACCUCCCUCAUGUUUCUCCUGA